CUCUGCAGCCCAGAGAGGCAUUAAAGACUUCAACUCCCAGUAUGCCCCGCGGCAGCGGACCAGGGGAGCCGCAGCCGCGCGAACGCGAGCCCUGCCGGGAGUUGUAGUUCCCAAGCGCUUACCGCUAGCUUGGGGGGUGCCCGAGGUGGGAGGAGGCGGCUGGACCCCCGAGGUCGCCUGGGGUCGGGCUCUCAUCUAGGGCAAGAUGUGUGGCUAGGGCUGAGCUUUUUCUCCGGGCCUCACCCCCCUAACCCAGAUCUGACACCCCUUACCACCACCCGGCGCUCGUGGGGCGUGGGGACGGUCCGCAGCCCCUAGUCCGCCCUGCAGCCCCCAUGGGCUGCCGCCCGCCGCCGCCUCGGCUGCCGCCCAAGACCAGGCAGGGAUAAGCACAGGGUCCUCUUCCUCGUGUACCUGGCCUGGUUCUCCGUCCUCCUGUCCAUUUACACCUACCCCUGUCACCUUGGUGUGUCCAACCCUGUUCUUCUUUUCUUGCCCACCUCUACUUUUGGCCUUUGUGUCUCUCUGCUUCUCAUCUUUCCCCUCAUCCUCCUUCCCACCAAUAUCUGUCCCUUGUCCCUCUGCCUCUGCUCCUGGCCCCUGAUCUGCCCACCCCACCUCUGCUCUCUUUACCCAUCCCCCCUCCCACCCAUAUCCCUGCACCCCUGCCCGCCUCCUGCCCACCUCCUGUACCUUCCCCCAGCCUCCCAAGCAAGGAGCAGGUGGCCACCAUGUCUGGAGACUAUGAGGAAGACCUGUGCCGGCGGGCACUCAUCCUGGUCUCGGAGCUCUGUGCGCGGUUCCGAGAUGCCGACACCAGAGACAGGUGCCAGGAGUUCAACAGCCGGAUUCCUGGCUACCCCCGCGGCCCCGAUGCAGACAUUUCCGUGAGUCUGCUGUCGGUCAUCGUGACGUUCUGUGGCAUUGUCCUCCUGGGCGUCUCCCUCUUCGUGUCCUGGAAGUUGUGCUGGGUGCCCUGGAGGGACAAGGGAGGCUCGGCGGUGGGCGGAGGCCCCCUGCGCAAAGACCUGGGCCCUGGGGUGGGGCUGGCGGGCCUGGUGGGCGGUGGCGGGCACCUGGGGGCCGGUCUGGGUGGCCACCCUCUGUUGGGCGGCCCCCACCACCAUGCUCACGCUGCCCACCACCCGCCUUUCGCCGAGCUGCUGGAGCCGGGCGUCCUGGGGGGCUCUGACCCCCCUGAGCCCUCCUACUUGGACAUGGACUCAUAUCCAGAGGCUGCAGCUGCUGCUGUGGUGGCUGCCGGGGUCAAGCCGAGCCAGACCUCUCCUGAGCUGCCCUCCGAGGCCGGGGCGGGCUCUGGGCUGCUGCUGCUGCCGCCCAGUGGGGGCGGCCUGCCCAGUGCCCAGUCGCAUCAGCAGGUCACAAGCCUCGCUCCCAGCACCAGGUACCCAGCCCUGCCGCGGCCCCUCACGCAGCAGACCCUGACCAUGCAGCCGGACCCCAGCAGCGAGGAGCGGCCGCCCGCCCUGCCCCUGCCCCUGCCCGGUGGCGAGGAGAAGGCCAAACUCAUCGGGCAGAUCAAGCCUGAGCUGUACCAGGGGACAGGGCCCGGGGGCCGGAGGGGCGGCGGGGGCUCGGGAGAGGCAGGGACCUCCUGUGGCCGCAUCAGCUUUGCCCUGCGGUACCUCUACGGCUCCGACCAGCUGGUGGUACGGAUCCUGCAGGCCUUGGACCUCCCGGCCAAGGACUCCAAUGGCUUCUCAGACCCCUACGUGAAGAUCUACCUGCUGCCUGACCGCAAGAAGAAAUUUCAGACCAAGGUGCACAGGAAGACCCUGAACCCCAUCUUCAAUGAGACGUUCCAAUUCUCAGUGCCCCUGGCUGAGCUGGCCCAGCGCAAGCUGCACUUCAGCGUCUAUGACUUUGACCGCUUCUCCCGGCACGACCUCAUUGGCCAGGUGGUGCUGGACAACCUCCUGGAGCUGGCUGAGCAGCCCCCCGACCGCCCGCUCUGGAGGGACAUCAUGGAGGGCGGCUCGGAAAAGGCAGAUCUUGGGGAGCUCAACUUCUCACUCUGCUACCUCCCCACGGCCGGGCGCCUCACCGUGACCAUCAUUAAAGCCUCUAACCUCAAAGCGAUGGACCUCACGGGCUUCUCGGACCCCUACGUAAAGGCCUCUCUGAUCAGCGAGGGGCGGCGUCUGAAAAAGCGCAAAACCUCCAUCAAGAAGAACACGCUGAACCCCACGUACAACGAGGCGCUGGUGUUCGACGUGGCCCCCGAGAGCGUGGAGAACGUGGGGCUCAGCAUCGCGGUGGUGGAUUACGACUGCAUCGGGCACAACGAGGUGAUCGGCGUGUGCCGCGUGGGCCCCGAGGCCGCCGACCCCCACGGCCGCGAGCACUGGGCCGAGAUGCUGGCCAACCCGCGCAAGCCGGUGGAGCACUGGCACCAGCUGGUGGAGGAGAAGACUCUGACCAGCUUCACGAAAGGUGGCAAAGGACUGUCAGAGAAGGAGAACUCAGAGUCUGGCCUAGGCCGGGGGUCUGACCAGAGCCCCCAGGACCCCACCCCUUCCUGCCCGGACCGUGAACUCAUCUGGAAGCCAUAGCGUCCGAGCUGCUGGUGCAGGCCUGCCCCGGGCCCGCCCGUCCUUCCCGGACGCGUGUGCGUGGGCAGCGGGCAGCCCGGCGCCCUGGUUCAGGGUGGGGGGCCUUUAGCCUCCACUGUCUGUCUUGUCUUCCCCGGGGCUCCCCCUCAAGGCGAGGGGCCGUGCAUGUCUGGGGGACCCCGCGCCCCGGUCGCUCUGUCUCUUUACUGUUGUCCAAGCCCGGUGUCCCGACUCGUUCUCACCGUGAAUGUCACUAAACCAGUCCUCAGUGUCCUCCAGACACACACAGCUGUGUCCCCACCGUGUUCACCGCCCCCCUCGUCCGGCCACCCCCCCAAUGCUGCUGCUAUCAACGCCAGAAUAAACACACUCUGUGGGUCUCACCA